AUGGGUGUCAGCCGGAGGAAGCUGGUCCCAUUCUGGGUCCUAGCCCUGGCCCUGACUUGCAGUCAACACACAGGCCAGGCCCAUCAGGACACUCUGAAAUCUGCCCAGGAGCCUCCCUCUGACUUCUCUCUCCUUCAAGGGCAUGAUGCUGUCCCACUCCAUGGGGUGACCAUCAUCCCACCUCUGAAGACUGUCUCCGUGGUACAAGCUCUCAACCCAGCACAUACCGGGAGGGUGUGCAGCACAUGGGGCAACUUCCACUACAAGACCUUUGAUGGCCAGGUCUUCCGCUUCCCUGGCCUCUGCAACUACGUCUUCUCUGCACACUGUGGGGAUGCCUAUGAGGAUUUCAAUGUCCAGCUACGCCGUGCCCAAGAGUCUAAUUCCACCACUCUGAGCAGGGUCAUCAUGAAGCUCGACGGCUUAGUUGUUGAGCUGACCAUGAGCUCCGUAUUAGUCAAUAACCACCCGGCCCAGCUGCCCUUCAGUCAGUCUGGGGUCCUCAUUGAGCUCAGCAGCGGCUACCUGAAGGUGGUGGCCAGGCUGGGCCUGGUCUUCGUGUGGAAUGAUGACGACAGUCUCCUGUUGGAGUUGGACACCAAAUACACCAACAAGACUUGUGGUCUUUGUGGAGACUUCAAUGGCAGUCCAGAGUCCAGCGAGUUCCUCUCUCACAAUGUUAGACUGACACCUCUUGAGUUUGGGAACCUCCAGAAGAUGGACGGCCCCACAGAGCAGUGCCAGGACCCCCUCCCUGUGCCCCAGAAGAACUGCUCCACCAAAUCUGGCAUCUGUGAAGAGAUCCUGAAAAGUCAGCUGUUCUCAGACUGCUCAGCCCUAGUGGACAUCAGCAGCUACCUGGAGGCUUGCAGGCAGGACCUCUGUCUCUGUGAGAGCCCCGACCUGUCCAGCUGUAUCUGCCAAACUGUGGCUGAAUACUCCCGGCAGUGUGCCCAUGCUGGAGGAAAGCCCCAGGACUGGCGGGGUCCCAACCUCUGCUCUCAGACAUGCCCCUUCAACAUGCAACACCAGGAAUGUGGCUCACCCUGUGUGGACACCUGCUCCAACCCCCAGCGCUCCCAGGUCUGUGAGGACCACUGUAUUGCUGGCUGCUUCUGUCCUAAGGGAAUGGUGCUUGAUGACAUCAACCAGACAGGCUGUGUUCCCAUGUCCCAGUGUGCCUGUCUGUACAAUGGGACAUCUUAUGCGCCUGGUACCAAUUACUCUACUGACUGCACCAACACAUGCUCUGGAGGGCGGUGGAGCUGCCAGGAGAUCCCAUGCCCUGGCACCUGCUCCGUGCUGGGAGGCUCCCAUUUCUCCACAUUUGAUGAAAGGCAGUACACAGUGCAUGGGGAUUGCAGCUACGUGCUGAGCAAGCCCUGUGACAGCAAUAUCUUCACUGUGCUGGCUGAGCUUCGAAAGUGUGGGCUGACAGACAGCGAGACGUGUCUGAAGAGUGUGACGCUGAGCCUGGGUGGGGGGCAGACGGUGGUCAUGGUAAAAGCCACUGGAGAGGUCUUUGUGAACCAGAUUUAUACCCAGCUGCCGGUGUCUACAGCCAAUGUUACCCUCUUCCGGCCUUCAACCUUCUUCAUCAUUGUCCAGACCCACGUGGGUCUGCAGCUUGAGAUCCAGCUGGUGCCCCUCAUGCAGGUGUUUGUGCGGCUGGCACCUGAGCUCAGGGGUCUAACCUGUGGGCUCUGUGGGAAUUUCAACAGUAUCCAGGCCGACGAUUUCCAGACCAUCAGUGGGGUUGUGGAGGGCACAGCAGCCGCCUUCUUCAACACCUUCAAGACCCAGGCGGCUUGUCCGAACGUCAAGAAUAUCUUUGAGGACCCCUGCUCUCUCAGCGUGGAGAAUGAGAAGUAUGCUCAGCACUGGUGUUCUCAGCUGACUGAUGCCAGCGGCCCAUUUUCCAAAUGCCACAGCACCGUGAAUCCCAGCACCUACUACUCGAACUGCAUGUUUGACACGUGCAACUGUGAGAAGAGCGAGGACUGCAUGUGUGCCGCCCUGUCCUCCUAUGUGCAUGCCUGUGCUGCCAAAGGCGUGCUGCUCGGUGGCUGGAGAGACGGCGUCUGCACAAAGCCUACAACUACCUGCCCCAAGUCGAUGACCUACCAAUACCACAUCAGCACCUGCCAGCCUACCUGUCGAGCUCUGAAUGAGGAAGAUGUCACCUGCCGUGUCAACUUCAGCCCUGUAGAUGGCUGCGCCUGCCCUGCAGGCACCUUCCUGGAUGGUUCAGGCGAAUGUGUGCAGGCCAGCAGCUGUCCCUGCUACCACAGGGGAUCCACAGUUCCCAACGGCGAGGCUGUGCAUGAGAGUGGGGCCGUUUGCACCUGCACCCAAGGGACACUGACCUGCAUCGGAGGUCCUGCCCCGACUCCAGUGUGUGUUGCACCCAUGGUCUAUUCUGACUGCCGCAAUGCCACGUCUGGAGACACUGGAGCUGGAUGUCAGAAGAGCUGUCACACCCUGGACAUGACCUGUUACAGCUCUGAGUGCGUGCCUGGCUGCGUAUGCCCGGACGGGUUGGUGGCAGAUGGUAAUGGAGGCUGUGUUGUUGCUGAGGACUGUCCUUGUGUGCACAACGAGGCCACUUAUAGGCCUGGGGAGACCAUCCAAGUGGGCUGCAACAACUGCACCUGUGAGAACAGGAUGUGGCGGUGCACAGACAAGCCCUGCCUGGCCACCUGUGCUGUGUACGGGGAUGGCCACUACAUCACUUUCGAUGGGCAACGAUACAGCUUCAGUGGGAACUGCGAGUACACACUGCUGCAGGACCACUGUGAUGGGAACGGCAGCUUCCAGGAUGCCUUUCGUGUUGUCACCGAGAACAUCCCCUGUGGUACCACAGGAACCACCUGCUCCAAGGACAUCAAGAUCUUCCUGGGGAACUAUGAGCUGAAGCUGACUGAUGGCAAAGUGGAGGUGGUCCAGAAGGGCGUCGGGCAGGAGCCCCCCUACUAUGUCCACCAGAUGGGCAUCUACCUGGUGGUGGAAACUGAUGCUGGCCUGGUGCUUCAGUGGGACAGGAAGACCAGCAUCUUUCUCAGACUCAGCCCUGAGUUCAAGGGCAAGGUCUGUGGCCUGUGUGGGAAUUUUGACGACAAUGCCAUCAACGACUUCACCACGCGCAGCCAGUCUGUGGUUGGUGACAUGUUGGAGUUUGGAAACAGCUGGAAGUUCUCUCCAACCUGCCCAGAUGCCCUGGUGUCCAAGGACCCCUGCACUGCCAACCCUUACCGCAAGUCCUGGGCCCAGAAGCAAUGCAGCAUCAUCAACAGCGUGACCUUUGCCACCUGCCACGCCCAUGUGGAGCCUGCCAAGUACUACGAAGCCUGUGUGAGUGAUGCGUGUGCCUGCGACUCAGGGGGUGACUGCGAGUGUUUCUGCACUGCUGUGGCUGCCUAUGCCCAGGCCUGCCACGAGGUGGGCGUGUGUGUGUCCUGGAGGACACCGGACAUCUGCCCGCUCUUCUGUGACUACUACAACCCAGAGGGUCAGUGUGAGUGGCACUACCAGCCGUGUGGGGCCCCCUGCAUGCGCACCUGCCAGAACCCUAGUGGAGACUGCCUACAAGAUCUUCGUGGCCUAGAAGGCUGCUACCCCAAGUGCCCACCAACAGCCCCCAUCUUUGAUGAGGGCACGAUGCAGUGUGUAUCCAACUGUACAGACAACCCCUACUCACGUCUACCACACUGCCGCAUCAAUGGGAAGUCGUACCGAGCAGGUGCGAGGGUCCCUUCAGAUAAGAAUUGCCAUUCCUGCAUUUGCACAAAGAGCGGUGUGAGCUGUAGCUACAAUGUUUCGGCCUGUGUCUGUACCUACAGUGGACAGGACUUCCAUCACGGGGAAGUCAUCUACAACACGACAGAUGGCAUGGGAGGCUGUAUCUCUGCACACUGCGGGGCUAACGGCACCAUCGAAAGGAUUACUGACACCUGCAGCCCCACCACUCCCGUGCCCCCGACCACGUUCUCCUUCUCCACACCAGUUGUCAUGACCUCAGUGCCACCCUCCAGCACACAUCCCAGCCCUACCCUGAGUGUCGUGUACACAGGGUCCCCAAGCAGGGCGGCACCAACAACCAGCAACAUGCUGUCUGUCGAGACCCCUGCCACAGCCUCUACCUUGACCGCAUCUACGACAGCCUCCACCUUAACCACGCCAGGCUGCGAGGAAUGCUCCUGGUCUCCCUGGAUGGAUGCCAGCCGUCCUGGACGUGGCAUUGAUGGUGGUGACUUUGACACUCUGGAGAACCUCCGUGCCCAUGGCUACCAGAUCUGCCAAGUGCCCAGGGAAGUGGACUGCCGUGCUGAGGCUACCCCCGAGGUGCCGCUUCACGCCCUAGGGCAGCGUGUGGAGUGCAGUACAACGGCAGGGCUGACCUGUCACAACAGGGAUCAGGUGUCGGGGCUCUGUGACAACUACCAGGUCAGAAUUCUGUGCUGCACCCCCAUCCGCUGUCCAGCCUCUGCUGGUCCUACCCAGACGACCCAUUUGAUAACCUCCAGGACAACGACAAUGGGGACCACAACCUCCUCAGCCCCUGUCACCUCCCCUGACCACACAGAGAGCACGGUGAUGUCAGGUGCCUCUCCCCAUGCACCAGGUCCUUUCCCCUCUCCCUCACAUCCUUCUCCAUCAGCUCCAAGGCUCUCCACCCCUGGUCCAGUUAGUUCUACUACAACUAAGACAACUCUGUCCACUACUAGCCCAACGCCAGAACCAACUUCAGCCACAUCAUCUGUGUCCGUAUCAACUUCAGGGUCCACCAGGCCUUCUCUGGAGACUACCCAUGAAUGCAAACAGGAGCACUGCAGUUGGACUGAUUGGAUAGAUAGCAGCUACCCUGGGCCUGGCAGAAACAGUGGAGAUUUUGACAGCUUCCUAAACCUGAGAGCCAGAGGCUACAAGUUCUGUGAGAAUCCACAAAAUGUUGAGUGCAGGGCUCAGUUCUUUCCCAACACACCCCUGGAGGAGCUGGGCCAGGAUGUAACCUGCAACCGAGAGGAAGGCUUGAUCUGUCUGAACAAGAACCAGCUGCCACCUAUUUGUUAUAACUACGAGAUCCGGAUACAGUGUUGCACAGUGGUGGACGUGUGCUCCACCGCUUCGGCUGCCACUCAUCCUACCCCACAUGAAGUAAGCACGAAAACCAAGACCAAAGGAACCACAAGCUUGCAUUCCUCCUCCACCACCAACACCAGUACUCACACAGCAAUGAGGAACCGGGACCAGCAGGACAUCUCCGGGAUGUGCCUCAACUAUGAGGUGCGAGUCCUGUGCUGCCGCGUGCCUGAAGGCUGCCCUGAUACCUACUGGACUCCCUCUGUGACCACACCCCUCAAGCCCUCAUUUCCAUUUGUGUCACCCUCAUCUGUGUCCCCAUUAUCAUCAUCGAGCCCUGCAGUACAUUUUACCACUCCUUGUGUGUGCAACGUGUCAGGCCAACUAUAUCCUAUCGGAUCCAUGAUCUACAAUAAGACAGAUCUGGACGGGCAUUGUUACUAUGCCUAUUGCAACCUGACCUGCCAGGUGGACAGAGGGGUUAGUAAGGACUGCCCUUCCACCAUGCCAACCCCUGCAACAGCUCUGUCCACCUCCACAUCUCCCAUCGUCCCUGUCACCGAGAGGGAUCGGUGCAAUGUGUUCCCUCCCAGAAUGAAAGGGGAGAACUGGCCCAUGCCUAACUGCUCCCAAGCCACCUGUGAGGGCAACAAUGUCGUCUCCCUAAGUCCACGCCAGUGCCCAGAGAUGAAGGCACCAUCUUGUGCCAACGGCUACCCACCCCUGAAGGUGGAUGACCAGGACGGUUGCUGCCAGCACUACCAGUGCCAGUGUGUUUGCAGCGGUUGGGGAGAUCCCCACUACAUCACAUUUGAUGGCACCUACUACAGUUUUCUGGAUAACUGCACAUACGUGUUGGUGCAGCAGAUCGUGCCUGUGUUUGGACCCUUCCGUGUGCUCAUUGACAACUACUUCUGUGACCUGGGUGACAGUGUUUCCUGUCCGCAGUCCAUCAUCGUGGAGUACCACCAGGACCGCGUGGUGCUGACCCGCAGGCCAGUUGACGGGAUCAUGACCAACCAGAUCAUCUUCAACAACAAGGUAGUGAGUCCAGGCUUCCAGCAGAAUGGCAUUGUCGUCUCCCGUGUGGGUGUUAAGAUGUACGUUACCAUUCAGGAGAUUGGUGUCCAGGUCAUGUUCUCAGGCCUCAUCUUCUCUGUUGAGGUGCCCUUCAACCUGUUCGCCAACAACACAGAGGGCCAGUGCGGCACUUGCACCAAUGACAAGAAGGACGAGUGCCGCCUGCCUGGAGGGGCAGUAGCCUCUUCUUGUUCUGAGAUGGCCGGCCACUGGAAGGUGCCCGACCAGCCUGCCUGCCAAGGGCCUCCUCCAACACCAGCUUCAGUGGUACCCAGUCCUUCACCGACCCCGUGUCCGUCAUCACCACUCUGUCAGCUCAUCCUAAGCAACAUCUUUCAGUCCUGCCACCCUGUCAUCCCUCCCCUGCCGUUCUACGAAGGCUGCUUGUUUGACGCCUGCCACGGCGUGGACUGGGAGGUGUUGUGCUCAAGCCUGGAGCUCUACGCGACACUCUGUGCCGCCAAAGGCCAGUGCAUCCCCUGGAGAAGCCACACCAACAACACCUGUUCAUUCACCUGUUCUGAUAACAAAGUAUACAAGCCGUGUGGCCCAACCAACCCUCACUACUGCUAUAGGAACGACGACAUCAGCACAAGCUUGAUCCUUCAAGAAGCUGGCUCCUUCUCAGAGGGCUGCUUCUGUCCGGAUAACACAACACUUCUCAGCACUAAUGAUUCAGUCUGCGUGCCUUCCUGCCAAUGGUGUCUGGGGCCUCAUGGAGAAUCUGUGGAGCCCGGCCACAGCAUCAGCAUCGAUUGCCAGGACUGUGUCUGCAAGGGCGGCACGCUGACCUGCCAAAGGAAGUCCUGUCCCCAGACCACCUGUCCAGAGCCUGGCUUUGUGCCAGUGCCCAAAGCCCUGCAGGCUGGCCAGUGUUGUUCCCAGUUCAGCUGUGUCUGCAACUCCAGCUACUGCCCUCCUCCUCUGCACUGCCCGGAGAAUUCUAGCCUGCUGGUCGUCUACGAGGAAGGAGCUUGCUGCCCACGACAAAACUGCAGCAGUCAGAAGGGCUGUGAAGUCAACGGGACUCUAUAUCAGCCCGGUGCUGUGAUCUCCUCCAGUCUAUGUGAAACAUGUGUGUGUCAGGCGCCCAGCAAUCCCCAUUCAGAUGUCUUUGUGGUCAACUGUAAGAAUGAGUUCUGCAAUACCCAAUGUCCUAAGGGCUCCGAGUACCAGCCCGAGCCAGGACAGUGUUGUGGGCGGUGUGUGCUGAAGGCCUGCUCCUUUAAACACAGCAACAGCUCUGUCUCCUAUUACCUUCCUGGUGAGUCCUGGCCAGAACCUGGGAACAACUGUGUGACUCAUAAGUGUGAGAAUUUCCAAGAUACACUCACGGUUGUGACAAUGAAGAUGGAGUGCCCCAAGAUCAACUGUCCACUGGGCCAGGCUCAGCUGAGAGAAGACGGUUGCUGCUAUGACUGUCCCAACACCCAGCAGAAAUGCGCGGUACACCAAAGACAGCAGAUCAUCCGUCAGCAAAACUGCAGCUCCGAGGGGCCAGUGAGCCUCUCCUACUGCCUGGGCAACUGCGGGGACAGCACCUCCAUGUACUCCCUGGAGGCCAACACCGUGGAGCACAAGUGUGAGUGCUGCCAGGAGCUGCAGAUCUCGCAGAGGACUGUGACUCUGCACUGUGAUGAUGGCUCCAGCCGCACCUUCAGCUACACCCAGGUUGAGAAGUGCGGCUGCCUGGGCCAGCGGUGCCAUGCUCCAGGGGACACGAGCUACCCAGCAUCCUCAGAAUCAGAGUUCAAGUCCCAGGAAAGUAAGGGACACGGUCAGCAGUAA